AAUUUUACUAAAACUUCCUUAAAAUUAAGAAAGAAAAAGACAGCAAAGUGACAUUUAAGAAAAAAAAAUACAUCGGAAAAAGAAAAAAACAACUAAGUGAUUUGUUAGAUCAUUUUGCUGCUUCCAACUUUCAGUUCACACGAAAAAUAAAAUACAUACACUGAAAACUAACGGCAAAGCUUCUUCUUCUCUUCAUCUUCAUAUCUGAGAAUGGAAAACCCAGGAUCAAAUCAGCUUCCUGAAGUGGACUCAUUGCCAGAUGGUUUUGUUGAGAGUCCUUCAGAGAUUUUGGCUCCAAAAACCCCAAUUUCUAAAGAAGAAAAGCCUUUGCACCCUGAUUGUAAAGAAGAUGAUUUAGUCUCCAGUGAGUUUGGAGCAAACAAGGGCCAAAAACAAAGAACGUUCCCUGUGCCAUUGUCUGAGGCAGAUGGUUUUGAGGGCUCAGCAGACUAUGUAGAAGGUAAAGUAGUCUGUCCCGAGUUGAGCAAUUCGGUUCCCGAGGCUGCUGAAUGCAGUGAGGUGAAGGAAGUUAAAGGGAAGUGUGAAAGUACAGAAACAUGCAUUGGAGGAGGAUCUGAAACGAACUUGACUGCUUUGAAGGAAUCGUCUUCAUCCGAAAGCAUAGAUUUGCCAAAGAAUAAAAAAACAGAAACCACUGAAACCAAACGCAAGAGUGCAAAACGUACAUCCAAAUCAGAAAAGGAGUUCCUUGAGUUCUCUUUGAAAUAUCAACAAGUUCUUGCAGAAAGAGAUACCGCUGUUGCUGUUCGAGAUAAACUUGAAUCACUUUGUAGGGAGUUACAACGUCAAAACAAAAUGUUAAUGGAUGAAUGUAAACGGGUAUCAAUGGAAGGGCAAAACUUAAGAUUAGAUUUAUCAGCCAGGUUCCAAGAUGCAAUCAAGGAUGUGAGCAAUAAGCUUGAAGAGCAGAAGGACGAUUGCCUAUCUCAACUAAAGGAGAAUGAGAUGUUAAGAAAUAAGUUGAAGGAGCUUGCUGAGCAAUAUGCCCUCUCUGAACAACAAUAUGCGCAGAAGCUAAAGCAAAAAACACUAGAACUACAGCUUUCGGAUUUGAAAAUCAAGCAACAUGAAGAGAAAUUAAUCCAGGAACAAGCGCAGAUGAAAGUAUAUGCAGAACAAGUGUCACAGUUAUUAGUGACUGAAAAGAAUUUACGCAUGCAGUUGACAGCUGAUGGAGAAAAAUUCCAACAGUUUCAGGAUGCAUUGUCAAAGAGCAAUGAGGUGUUUGAAACAUUUAAGCAAGAGAUUGAGAAGAUGGCAAAAUCAAUCAAAGAACUCAGGAAAGAAAAUGUGUUCUUGAAGAGCAAAUGUGACAAAUCAGAUUUUACUCUCAUAGAACUUGUGGAAGAGCGCGAGCGGAUGAAGAAACAACUGGAGAAGACAAAGAAUCAGAAAGAAAAGCUUGAAUCGUUGUGCCGAUCGCUUCAAGCCGAGAGGAAGCAAAGCUCUACUGGGAGCAAUGGCUCAAACUCGUUGGCGGAUCAAAUGUAAGCAUGUGUAUACGAAUUUGUGAAGGAUAAUCUAAACUAUUGCAUGUCUUGAAGAAUUUGCUGAAAAUAGCAAAGUUUCAUCAUUUUGGUAUGUUUUUGAGUGUCCUAAGCAAAUAUUGGAUUGUAUGGAACUACUACAUUAGCUAGUGGAUUUCCUUGUAGGGAUACAUAACUUUCUACUUUUAGUUAUAUUAACGUAUGAAUAUAUGAGUUUAUAUAA